AUGUCUGACAACCUCCGCAAGGGUCUCGGCGAGCAGGCGCAGGAGAAGAUCACUCCCGACUCCCAGAAGUCCACUACCCAGAAGGCCUCUGAGAAUGUCUCUGGUCUUGGUGACAAGGUCGCUGGAGCCGUUCAGCCAGAGGGCAACAAGUCCGCCACCCAGAAGGCUGGUGAUGCCACUCGCUCCGGCGGUGACAACGCCCAGGAGCAGGGCAAGGGCGUUCUAGGCUCUGUCCAGGACAGCCUCAGCAGUGCUGGCCAGACCGUCAGCGACACUCUGUCUGGCAACAAGAAAUAG